CUGCGGCGCAACUCAUACAGGUGGCGUAGAUUCUGGAUCAGUUUUCACUGAAUCUACAAGAGGAAAAUGGUCUAUUAUCGACAAUUAAUGAGAAAUGUUAACGAUCAGAAGAUUUUACUUAUUCUGAGGUCAAUCUGAACCAAAAGGCCGUCGUACCAGACUGAAGAAAGUUCCUUAGCACGAUGCAAACAUAGUGUGAUUGGAUCCAAGAGGAUAUAAUAAUUCAAAGCCCUCGUCGAUCACCUAAACAACAAACAUGGCAAUGGACAUCGUAGUCAUAGUCGCAAUUGCCAUCCUCGGCCUACUCUUCAUGGCAUCAUUUGUGGCUCUCAUCGUCGCUUGCAGACAUCGUUGUCGAGUCUUUGACAUCAAUAUUAAGGAGUCUAUACACAGGAAAAACAGUGGUCGUCAGAACGUGUCCCUGGUCAACGAUGCAGAGAUGCCUCAUGAAGACUUUGAGGUGGAGCUGAGAGAUGUCUGCGCAAACAACAACCUGGAACAGAUACUGGAAGAUGAAGACUGGGUUGACGAUGCUUCAGGUCUGAUGCCGCACUGCAUCGCUAUCCUGAAGACAUGCCAUGAGCUGACGGAGAAGCUGGUUGCCAUGACGAUGGGUAACGCCCAUCAUCCCAGGACGUCUGACAGUCUGUCUGAUAUUGUGGAGGUGGCCAAGAGGAUUAAUCCAAGAGUCGAUGAUGUAGUGAAGUGCAUGUAUCCUCCCAUUGAUCCUCGGCUGCUGGAAGCAAGGUCAGCUGCCUUACUCUUAUCACUGCAGCAUCUUGUACUGGUCACCAAGCAAGCCUGUCAAAUGUCCAGUUAUGUGGAGUGGAUUGAUGGGUCAAUCAAGCAGAUGGAAUCACACUUACAGGUCCUAAGAGAUGCUGCCAUCACAUGGGAAGCUACCUCAACGGAAGGCUACCAACCGCAGCCCGUUGCUCUCGGAGCCGUCGGACCUGCCCCUCAUGUGAUCUCGCUCUCUUCCUCUCACGUAUAGGACACGGAUGUGCGCCCUCUUUGUCCAGGAUACACGUAUUGAUCACGUGGGAGACGGACCUUCACGUGAGGAGACAUUUGUGGCGGUUAUAGCCAGUGGUUGUUGUAAAUUCAGGUACAGUCAAACCUGCUUUAGUGACCACCUGUCUACAAAGACCACAUUUUUUGAUUCCCUUGAAAAUUGUUUCUCAUUGAAACAUGCACUGAAGGAACCUGUCUACAAAGACCACCUGUCUACAAAGACCACUUUCUGUGUUUCCCUUGGGCGGUCGCUAUAGACAGGUUUAUAUGGUGCCUGGAUACCCAUGUACAGUCCGUUUGUCUUUUCAUCCUAGAUGCCUCAUAUAUAAACUCUCGGGGAGAAAAGUCUUCUUCGUUGUAUCUGCUUUCAUCACCUACAUAAAACCCAUUCUACCUGUGCCUCACUCUGCUCUACUUGAUGUACAAGUGCAGAGUGUAAGAACUGAUACAGAAUUACGGAACUGUGUAAGACUUUUGUAUUCUGUGAUAUUAACACUGAUCUUUGGAAUUAUCAGGGAAAUAUACACAAGCAAAAGAAGAAGAAGGAAUGUUCAGAAAAUGUCCUUCCUUUGAUGCUUCUUCACAGGGAAUUCUGAUUUGCCUGAAACUUGUUGACUACUGGCUUUUCUACCAAAGAAAAGAAGAAGGUACUGUACUCUUCCAUUUGGAGCUGCUGGUUGAAGGAUUCUUUCUGUCGACUUGUGAUUUAGGCUCGAUAUACAUCUAGGAACAACCUGGUUUAAUCAAUCAUGCUUAAAAAGAUCCAGAUCAUUGUAGAGUUCACACCAAUGUAAGCACACUACCUGAACUUUUAACUUAUCCAACGACUUUCAAAAGUUGUGCUGAAUAGAGUUGACUUCCUUGUAUACCGGUAGAUGCCACUGUGGUAUCUUAAUGUUUUAGUCACAGCUAAUUAAUAUAGUUUAUUUUUGAAUUUAUAACGUAAUCUUUUUGCAAUAUUUUUAAAUCUCUAUUUAGCACCUAACCUCAUUAAACGUCUAGUAAUUGCCAAAUUUUGUCAUGAAAAUCGCCGCCUUGCAUAUAAUAAGGUUUUACAUUUCAGUGUGGGAACUGCAUAGUUUAGAUAUCAGGCUCAAAAGUUGACCUCAUGAAGUAUACAUCACCGUUGUUAUGCUCAAACCAAUAGUAUAGGAGAGAGGGAGAGAAAGAGAUAGAGAGGGAAAUAGAGAGAGAGAGAGAGGGAGGUAGAGAGAGAGAAAGAGAAAGAGUAAAUUUAAAUGUAAAAUAAAUCAAAUUAUCAGCUCUUCUCUGAAGUGCGCACACUGAAAGCUCUCUGCUAAAAACUAAUGAUAAGCAAUAAAAUUGCAAAAUUUUAGAAAAGUUCUUUUUAUAUUUACUCUCUUUUUGUUAUUUCGACAUUUUUUAAUAUGAUAUUGACAUACCCUGAAGAUUAUAUUCAGUAGACGUGGCACAUUUCUUCCAUUUUCCAUUAUGUAUUAGAUCAUUUUCAGCCAAAAACAGUUGUAAAUA